AUCAUAUACCGUAUCAUAUACCGUUUGUUGUUAUUUUGUUGUUUUUGCGACGACCCCACGGGAGAGUGCUUUCACUCCCUUUCAACUUUCUCCAUCAGCACCAGCAGUGAAAGCCAUUCCAUAAUUCUUAAUCUACCCGUUGGUAGAUAGCUUGCUCGUUCUCGCAAUGUCAACAACUCGCAGCGACCUCGGGCUGUCGUGCCCGUCCAAGGGAAAGUUCUAUGUAUGCGAAAAUGCAAGCAUCCGCUUCAUCGGCUGUUGCACCGUCGACCCUUGCGCCGACGGCAGCGGACGAUGCCCCCAGAACGAUUUAGCAGCGGCAAGCUUUUCAUCAGAUCACUACGAUAGUAUACCGGGACAAAGCUGCGCUCCACCCAACAACGCCAGCACUUGGUUUACUUGUACGGGCUCGCAACCUUUUAUGGGAUGUUGCAGUAUAAAUCCGUGCCAGAAUGAUGGUUGUCCAACAGCAAACCUGCUCCCAGCAACAUUAAGUGACGAUGCAAGCAACGCUGAGGUAUUCCUUGCUUCCUCAUCGUCUACGCCCAGUUCGAAUUCGGGUUCCGGCUACCAGCUGCCUCUAGGUGCAAUACUAGGCAUAUCUCUAGGGGGUGCAGCGGUGGUCGCAAUUCUUCUCGCGAUAUUAGCAUAUAGGUGCGGCUGGCUGGCAAGGCAUAAGAAACAUAACAAAGGCGCCGACGAAGCGACAAACCAAUAUGGCGCUCAAGGACGUGAGUCUAUCACUGUCACGCGUAUCCUCUCGCUCAAUACUAAUAUAGAAGCAGCCAACUCCCCCGGUAUGUCCCAAUGGCAAAAUGGGAACAGCUCUGGCGCUCCAAGCCCAGGAUACCCAAGUCCUGGUUUCUCUGCAUAUUCUCCCAACCAGUACCACCAAAAUCCAUACGUACCUCACUCGCCCCAAUCGACGGAAUCCUGGCACGGAGACAACAGACAUGUAUCUCAGAUGUCCGGAAUGAGUGGAUGGAACUCAAUCACGGAUCACAAGCAUCAGUCUUACUCCCCGUUACUAGGACCGCCACCGACGGAACUUGAGGGUCGUGACACGGAACGCCGCGUAGUAGCUGAACUCCCUACGCCCCCACCCGCAAAUCACCGGCAAUAAUUUUUUGACAUAGAAACAAUAUAGAUGGAUCAUAAUGGCAUUUGGAUUGGAGUUAGGCAUUGGGGACUUCCGGCAUGGAUUCUAAAAUUAGUGUAUAAGACAGUGGCACCAGUUGAGGCAAC